AUCGAACGGUUUACAAUCACUAUAUCUGAAGAACUACUGUAAAAUUUCAGAAAAACCCCUUUAAAAUGUACUAAUAAUUAACAAAAAAACUUUAGGGUCUUGGAUGCAAAUAACCUCUUCAAAACCCUUGCACUUCUCUGCCUCGCCAUUCACCUUCGAAUCCCCAAAGCUCUCAUCAAUGGCGGCGACCCUCAUUCUCCACCGCGUCUCACCGCUUCCCCUUCUCCGCCACCACCGCCCCUCCCCAUCACUCACCAUCAAUCUCCCUCUCCGAUCACCGCCGAGUACCACUCCUCUUCCCCGGAUCUCAAUGUCCUACCGCUCCGCCGUUCCCGCCACCGAUCGCUUGAUCUCCACCGCCUCCUACGCCCUCCCCUUCUUCAACUCACUCCACUACGGCCGCUUCCUCUUCACCCGCUUACCCAUUCUCGCCACCGCCCUCAACCCCAUCCUCCCUCUCAUCGCCGCCUACCGCUCCAUCCCCUACGCCGCCUUCGUCGCCUUCUUCGCUCUUUACCUCGGCGUUGUCCGCAACCCUCAGUUCAGCCGCUACGUCCGCUUCAACGCGAUGCAAGCCGUGGUGCUGGACGUGCUCUUGGCUUUGCCGUCGCUCAUCCAGCGAGUGUUCGGCGUGCCGACGAGAGGGGUCGGCUUCCAGGUGCUGGAGAUUGGGUAUAGCUCUCUCUUCGUGUUCAGUUCCGUGUGCUUCGUUUACGGCUUGAUUAGCUGCGUUCUCGGGAAGACGCCUUACCUGCCGUUCGUCGCCGCCGCCGCUGAUCGCCAGCUCUGAUGAGGUUGAUGAU